GGCGCGGGUGUCCACGGUGCGCCGCCGCGGGAGCCGGAGAUCUGUGGCCUGGCCCAUCCCCCACGGCGGGACUGGGUGUGGACAGGGUGGCUGCCUCUGCUCCAACAGCUGCCGUGACGUUGCCCUUCGUGGCGAGCGGCACCAGAAGGCCUGCCCACCAGUUGGGAGCACCGGCUGCCCACCUCCUGGCCAGAAGAAUGUGCUGGUGAGCGCCUGGAUCUUGGCCGAUCUGGAAUAAGCCUUACAUUAUGGAGCAAGCUAAAAGGCCCUCGGCUUCCAUCCGGGACCCUGACCUUGUCCCCAGUGGCUGCUGCUACUUCCAGUUGGGUGCAGACCCCUCCCCUCGUUUUCUACUGGCCGGUUCCCGCCGCCACAGGCUCCUGCUGUGACCCGGGGAGACCAUGUCCAGGCCCCCCGACUGGCUGCUGCGUCUGCUCCCCAGCGCCCCGAGGCAGCGGGUCUGCACCCUGUUCGUCAUCAGCUUCAAGUUCACAUUUCUCGUCUCCGUCCUGAUCUACUGGCACGUGGCGGGAGCGCCGGGGGACCCGGGGCGGCUCCAGAGCCUGCCUGCGCAGGUGCCCUGCCCCACCCUGGAGCCCCGCCCCCCCACACUGGGCAACAUCUUCUUCCUGGAGACCUCGGAGCGCACGAACCCCAACUUCCUGUUCAUGUGCUCCGUGGAGUCGGCCGCCAGGACCCACCCCGAGGCCCGCGUGGUGGUCCUGAUGAAGGGGCUGCCGGGGGGCAACGCCUCCCUGCCCCGGCACCUGGGCAUCUCGCUCCUGGGCUGCUUCCCCAACGUGCAGAUGCUCCCGCUGGACCUGGAGGAGCUGUUCCGGGGCACGCCGCUGGCUGCCUGGCAUGCCGCGGCGCAGCGGCGCUGGGAGCCCUACCUGCUGCCCGUGCUGUCCGACGCCUCCAGGAUCGCACUGCUCUGGAAGUUCGGGGGCAUCUACCUGGAUACGGACUUCAUCGUCCUCAGGAGCCUGAGGAACCUGACCAACGCGCUGGGCACCCAGUCCCGCUACGUCCUCAACGGCGCCUUCCUGGCCUUCGAGCGCCGGCACGAGUUCCUGGCGCUGUGCAUGCAUGACUUCGUGGCCCACUACAACCGCUGGGUCUGGGGCCACCAGGGCCCCCAGCUGCUCACGCGGGUCUUCAAGAAGUGGUGCGCCACCCGCAGGCUGGCGGACAGCCACGCCUGCCGCGGCGUCACCGCCCUGCCCCGCGAGGCCUUCUACCCCAUCGCCUGGCAGGACUGGAAGAAGUACUUCGAGGACGUCAGCCCCGAGGAGCUGGCCCGGAUGCUGAACGCCACCUACGCCGUGCACGUGUGGAACAAGAAGAGCCAGGGCACGCGCUUCGAGGCCACGUCCAGGGCGCUGCUGGCCCAGCUGCACGCCCGCUACUGCCCCACCACGCACAAGGCCAUGACGAUGUACUUGUGACGGCCCGGCCGGGCGGCCUCCCACCGUGCUGGAGAUGGGUGCUUGGUCGUCUUUCCCAGGGAGGCAGGCUGGGAGGGCCCGGGGCCUGGGAUCUGAGCCACUGCUGCGGGCCCUGGCACCCACGCCCCAGGCCCGAGCCCCAUCUCCAGGGAGAGGCCCUGGGGCUGAGCGGAAGGAGCUCGGUGAGACCCUGGGCCUUCUAGACCUGCCAGGGAAGGUGACAGUGCCCUCCAGGGCGGUGGGGGGCCAGGCGGGCUGAGGCAGAAGGUGGGAGGGGGACAGGAGAGCAGCACCGGCGCCCCGAGCCCAGGGCUGCGGAGCUUGGAGGAGGGACGCGGCUGUGUCCACACCUGCUUUCUCCCCCCUGAGCUGGGAUGUGGGGAGGAGGUCAGUGGCUCAGGAGGAGCGUUGAAAGAGGCCCUCUGACACAGGAUCGCAAUAAAAGGCGACUCGCUGGCGCCCCCUGCUGGGCGGCUGGUGAAGCAGAUUCACCCACGCAGCUGUUAGCCUGGUUCAGCAGGUGGAGAAUGGCUACAGCUGGGGCUCUGCAGGCUGCCUACCGCAGGGCUGGCUCCCAGCCCCCUACGUCCCCUGGGGGAUAGGAGCCCCUGCGGUGGGCAGGGGAGGAGCCUGGGGCCCCACCAGCACUCCUCCCUGUGCCCCACAAUAAGCCACAUCUGUUUUGUCCAACACGAAGCUGCUUGAGAGCCAGGGAAAGUCCAUCUGCACGGCAGGGCCUCAGGCCUGGGAGAGCCAGCGAGAGGUGUGGGAGCCCGGCCAAGGUGCUGGGCAAGGCCAGGAUGGCCCAGGGCUGAGCCGGAGGGAGGGACAGCUGGCCUUGGCAGGGCGGGGCCCAGCCCGUUCCUGUUGGGGCCGGGCGUGCCUGCCAGCCUGGAGAAGCCCCUCCCUGGCGGGACUGGGGGCUGCCAGGGGCUCUGGGCUCAGCCGCUGCUGCGAGGCCCUGAGCGGCCCUGGUCCUGCCCGCAGCUCGAGGGCCGCUUGGGCUCCCUGCAGCCGGAGCAGGAACCGCUUGUUUGUUUGUUGAGGGUUUUUUUUUUUUUUUUUACUUCAAUGGACUUUAAUUUAUUUAUGUAUGCAUUAAGUUUUUAAAAAAGCAAAAGGACCCAGUUUAAUGGGAACAUAGACAACAGCUAUAAAUAAUUGAAUGAAAAAUUGAGCGUUUCACCCAUAUACGGUAAAUUUUAAAGUGGUCACAGAUCAUUAAAACGACAGUCUUGUACGACAGAUGAAAGCCACAGAUUGUAAGCCCCCCCCCCCCCAUUCACCUCUUUUACCACUGCUUUAAAAUGAGCAGGUUCUACUUUAGUACUACAAAUAAAAUGAGUAACCUCGGGGCAGGCGUCGCUCUGCUACA